UUUUAUGUAUUUGCCAGAUUGUAAGAAAAAAAAUUAAUUUUAUAUUUAACAAAAUGCAAUCAAAUGUAUAACAGAUGGAUUAGAAAAGAACAGUAGUUUGUGUAAGCUUCAAAAUUGUCUCCACUGUUUUUUAUGUUUGUUGAUCGUCUUAGAAUUUAUUAAGUCUCCAGGCCGUGACUUGAAAAUUCUAUGGUUAAAUGGUUUAAAUUCUAAACAUCCCAGUCCAGUGGUUUUUUUUCGAUUUUUUUCCUACGUAGAAACACACACUUUAGCCAAAUCAAAAACACCGUUACCUAGAUCAUCCCAACAAUGUGGCGCAAGAAGAAAAAGCCUUUAAUUGUCGAAGAGAAGAAGAAAGAAGAAGAGCCCAAAAAGAAGAGAGUUCCAAAUUUCCAUCCUCACGAUGUCUGCAAUGCUCCGCAGGUGUAUAAGUACAUGGCAGGUCAUGUUGUCGCUAGGGAACUAUAUGAAGCUGGAAUCCGGCUGUAUACUAUCGCAGAGGAAGUGUCUCGGAACACGGUCGACAAAGCUUACGACCGCAUUAAACGUUCACAAUGUCAUCUCGCAUUGUGCGACAUCCCGAAAGCGAGAGAGGAUGCCACAAAGGCGAUGGAACUGUGCCCGGAAAUGUUGUACUUACAUUUCCAAAAUGGCAACGUUCUUUACAAUGAGAAUUUGUUUGAAAAUUCCCUUAUGACCUACGAAUAUGGCUCUAAACAGAGGACAUUCCCUGAUCUGUUUGGGAAUGGAGUUAACAUUGCAACAGGAACACUAGAGAAUUGUGUCGGAGGCAAUGCCGGCCCUAUGCUAAGCCAAGAAUGUUUAGGGAAGAUAAUAGUGGCAUUAAAACUCCAGGAAAUGGGGAUAAAAGAAAUCAAGAAAAAGGAAUUGAAUGAAAUCCAGAAAAAGAGAAACGAGAUGAUCGUCGCUGAAAGAAAACGCCAUUAUAGUGAAAAAUAUCUAGGGAUGAUUGCAAGGGAGAAGCUGCACAUGAUAGACAUGCUAAUGUCUUCUGCUUUGUUCGGUUCAAACACUGUACACAAUAAAGUAAUGGAAAACAUGUUAAUAAACACGGUGGAAAAGCUUGAAGUCCUUCAGGAUUGCCUCUGGAGGAGGAAGCCGCUUUAUGUAUUUGCCCAUAAACGUGGAAAGCCGGCACCAAAGCACCUGAAAGAAAUUAAACAAGAAGCCAUACUUAAAGCCCACCUAAUGGUUAGGGAUAUUGCAAGACAGAUGAAUCUAGUUCUUGUGUAUUAUAACAACAAAGACUGGGGAGCUUGUUAUAAAUUGUGUGAGCACAUUAGGGCGAAAUUGUGGAGGAUGCCAGAUAUCAAAGGUGUUAAUAAAGAUGAAUGUGUCGAACAGCUUAUUGAUGUUCUUGGUGACAUGUAUUUUGCAAUGAAGGCAAUGCAUCCUGAUUGGCCUCAGAAAUGGAACGACAAAAGGAUCCUUUGCAUUCUUGGCAUAACGCAAAACAUGUUCUCGGCGAAAGAAGUUGCCAAAUACGGUUUUCAUUAUCCUGUCUACAACGCACACCAGAGGAUAAAAGAUUAUUUGGAAGGGAUAAUGCUCACCAACAGCCAAUACCAAAAGAUGUUUUUCAAUUUUGAAAUAUCCUGCCUGUACUCGAUGAUCCACAAUUUGCCACAGAUGAGAUCAUUUGCACGACAGGCAGUUUUCACUGCUCGAAAAGAAGGGAAUAUUAUUUGGUACAUAAACUGCCUGUUUUUAUUGGCGAGAACUGAUUUUGAAGAAGGAAAUAUCCUUGAAGGAAUAGUAUCUUUAACAGCAAUACGAGAAGCUUGUUUUAAAUAUGGAUUCCCGAUGCAAGAAAAAUUUGCAGAAAGGGGAAUAGUAUUGCUCCAUGUUGAAAUGUCCAAAGAAAAACUCGUAGGGGGAGUACGAGGUAGUGUUAACAGGGCGAAAAACAUCAUAGAUCUUAUGCCUAAUGCUGAUUUGAGGAGUAGAGCAAGAACACUGAUAUGGCAGGUCAAUAAAAAACCACCAUGGAAGAGGAUGCCUUUAGUUAAGGGAGUGGCUGUUGCUGUUCAAGACAGGAAACAGGGUCCGUUCGAAGGCGAACUGGCUCGCGAAGAAGAGAGACGUCUUAAAGCGAAGAAACUUCGAAAAGUCAAGAGAGCUCAGGAAGAAGCUUUGGCCGCAGCUGAAUCUCUUGCAGCCCAAAAGGGAGAGGGUUACAAUUUACUGGCAGGAACGAUAAAGGGGGUAGACCCAGCUCAUUUUAGACUAAUAGUGGACGCAUACAGGCGCAGGAGCACUUUCAAUUUAGACAUGUUCCACCAAUGAUACAAAUUUACUUAUUUUAAAAGUUAAGCACACUAAAGUUACCAAAUUAAAAUGUAUUCUUCAUUUAGAUUCCAGUAGAAUAGUUUUUCUUAGAUAAUAUAAUAAAGUGUAAGAUGAAUAUUUAAAAUACACUGCUCCACACACUGAAA